UGCAUGCACCAAAUUCGUGCGAAUUGUGAAUUUUCAACAGAAUACAGAAUUUAGUUCAUUGUGUUGUGCAUCAAUAGGAGUUUAUAAGUGAACUGAAUUAAAAUAAAGUAAACAAGUUUUAUAAAAGUAAAGUACCAAUUAAAAUAAGAAAUUUGUUAUUUUGUGGUGAUAAUUAUUUUUCUUAAUCACCAUACAAUCUCAACAGUUUGCUGAUGUGAUAAUUCUUGAAAUGUCAUCGUAUAUGGCAGGUGUUUUUGAUUUAGAUUUAGAUGUGGAUACAGUUACAGUAGCAGAUUCAGAUGAAGAUGAUAUUAUCGAUGUCGAUGAGGUGGACUAUGAACCAGAAUUACAUGUGAACAGUAUUGUGGAGGCAGAAGGAUCAGAAACGAUUCAACUUUGUGAAGAUAAUGUGAAUCCAGGUCAAUGUAAACGUCUUGGUCCUCAAGACUUUGAAUUACGAAAAGUACUUGGAAAAGGAGGAUAUGGAAAAGUUUUUCAAGUUCGUAAAAUCACAGGGCAAGAUGCUGGUGCCCAUUUUGCUAUGAAAGUUCUUAAAAAAGCUUCCAUAGUUCGAAAUCAAAAAGAUACUGCACAUACCAAGGCUGAAAGGAAUAUAUUGGAAGCUGUAAAGCAUCCAUUCAUAGUAGAACUAGUGUAUGCUUUCCAGACCGGUGGAAAGUUGUACUUAAUUUUAGAAUAUUUAAGUGGUGGAGAGCUUUUUAUGCACCUUGAAAGGGAGGGGAUUUUCCUGGAAGAUACAGCCUGUUUCUACCUAUCAGAGAUUAUACUGGCCUUAGAACAUUUGCAUAGCUUAGGAAUAAUAUAUCGUGAUUUAAAACCUGAAAAUGUACUACUCGACGCUCAAGGACAUGUCAAAUUAACAGAUUUUGGAUUAUGUAAGGAACACAUCCAGGAGGGUAUUGUAACCCACACAUUCUGUGGAACCAUCGAAUAUAUGUGAGU